AAUUUACCGGCUUGAUACAGUCCGUAGAGUAAACGGCCAAGGCAAAGUGAAAAAAAAUAAAAAAUAAAGUCGAAGCAAAUCUGUCUCUUUGUUCGAUCCCUUAUAAAAUGAUUCGUUUAUCAAGAAACGAAUAAAAAACGAUACGUCGUCGAAGGUUAACUCGUGUGAAGGCUAGUGAUUUUAUUAUUAUAUUUAUGUAAAUUUGACGUUGGACGUGAUUCUUCAGUAUGUGUCUGGUUAAAGUGGAUAUGUAUUGGUAAGAACAUCUACAAAUGGCGCACCUGGAACAAAUUAAACGAUUUUUAAUUGAUAAUAAAAUUCAUCGCGCGUAUCUCAAAUUUAGCAGUUUACCUGAAAAGUUGCUCGCCGUUUUUAUGUAUUGCGACGUGUCUUUGGAGGUUGGCCAUCCUCGAAAAAACUAAAAAUGUUGGAUCUUGGAAAACGAAUCGGUGGGCCUUUUCUAACAAAGACUGAGUUAGAUAGACUCGAAAAGAGGGCAAAAGUUAUGACCGUUCGAGAUAAAAUGAGGAUGCUGGAAGAAGCUGAACGGCGAGAAAAUCAAAUCCGACAAGAGAGUUUGAACAGAAAGCGUCAAUUGUUGCAAGCCCGAAAAAUACGGCCCCUUAUACCCGGAAGCAAACUAGAGGAAGUGGAAACGGAAGCGGCGCAUAAAAAUCUGUGUUUAAUCAGAAGAUCGGAGGAAUUGAUGAUGGAACGAAAUGAUAAAGUUAAACAGGCCAACAGGAUAAUUUUGGCGACAAAAUGUCGAGCUAUUAGAAACGCGCAAACUAUCGAAAAAAAGUUGAUUGAGAAACAAUUGCGAGAAGAGAAUCAAAGAUUGGACGCGAUGAUGGAACGAGUUGUACACGAAAAUAUUAUGUUGGAAGAAAAUCGACGAACUGCUGCCGAAGUCGAAAAGAAAAAGUAUGUCAAAGAAAUUGAGAAGCAGGUGAGAGAAAACGAAAUGUAUCGAAUGUUGGAAGCCGCAAAAAUCGAAGAAGAGAGCAGGAUGAUGAACGAGGCUUUCGAGGCUCGGCGACGCGAAGAGGAAUCGAAAGUUAUGGAGAAAAAGAAUAUUCAAUCGAGGUUAAAAGAUGAAUUCGAACGAGCUAACGAACGUUCGAGGCGUUACAAAUCUUUAAGAGAAGAACAAGAUCGAUUAUCUGAUAUGAUGAUUGCGGAAUUUAUGAGGAUGAAGAAGGAUCGCGAAGAAGCCUUGCAAAAGGAAAAGGAUUUAGUCAAAUUGGCUAGAGAAAAAAACGUAGCGAGGCUUGCGGUGGAUCAAAUCAAAAGACGAAAUAUGAAAGCUGCAAUGGACGAAUUGAAUGCCGUUAGAGCGCAAGAAGAGAAAGAGAAGGAAUGGAGAGAAAAAGAGAAAAAAGAAGUGCUGAGAAGGCGGAAAGUUGUGGAAGAUUUGAAGGAAUCCAGAAACAAGCAAAUAGAGGAUAUAAGAAAGGCACAAGCUGUCGCGUUAGCCAGAGAAGAAGAAUCUCUGAAUAAAGUUUUCAUGAUGCAAAAGAUGCUGCUAGAUUUAGAAUUGAAAAAAAUUGAACGGCGUAAAGAAGAAAGCGAAAAACAGAAGGAAUUUAUUUUGAAGCAAAUCAAGGAGAAAGAAGCGUCGAGAAACAAAUAUCAACAAGAGAAAUAUGAAAGUGGCAAAGCUCAACUGCUAGAAUCGGCUAAAAACGACGAACAAGUGCGGGAUUAUUUAAAUCGUAAGAUUAAUAAAUUGAGGGAAAUCCACAUUCCGGAAAACUAUAUCAAGGAUAUAGAAAGGCAAAUUAAAUUGAUAAAAUGAAAGUUUUCUUACUAUUAAAACUUUUUCAACUAA